AUGGACGACGAUGAUGUGGUAAUCCUCCACAACGCCAUUCGUCAAACUUUACCAGAAAUGUUAACACUAUAUGUGGUCAACAAUGGAGGUUAUGGAGGAAAUCCAUCAAGUGCAAACUCGGGCGGUCCAAACACUUUUUACCCCGAUGCUGUGAGCACACUCUUCCCCGACGUUAGCGGUUCAAACCCAUAUGGUCCAAGCACACUCUUCCCUACCGGUUGUGCUCCUAGUGUAAAUCAGAGCACUUUCUUCUCUAGUGGUGGAAGUGGUGAAAAUCGAAGCACCCUCUUCCCUUACGAUGGCGCGGGAAAUUCAUAUCUUGAACAAAAAGUUACCGUUGAACCUGACAGUUAUUUUGUUCAAGACUUGAAAAUGCCUCCGAUGCAGUCUCCCUACCCGUACCCGAUCUGGUCUCCCGAACUGUCAAAACCGUUGUGGGAGGUAGAUAUGGCAGAAGAUGUUUUUGUUGCUGCGGAAAUUUUGAACAUACCUGAAGACGACGAUAACUCCGAUUCUGAAGAUAUCAAGCCGGUAAGGAAUAGUUUUUGGGGUAUGCCUGACACACCACCUUGUCCGGACCCAGUUAUCAAAAGUAGGCAGGGAAACAUUUCCUACCAGCCUACAUCCCAUGUCAAAGUUCUACAAACUUUUGACUCGAAUGAAGCACUUAAGCUCGCAGUGGGAUUAAAGUGCGUUCAUGAAAACUUUCAGAUGAAAGUAAAGAAAUCUUUCGAACACCGGUACGAGGUGGUGUAUCACUCAGAUUCGGACUAUGAUUGGUGUUUGAUGGCUGUUUCCAUCGAUGGUACCAGUAUUUUUCAGGUACGGAAGCUCCACGAUGAACACACAUGUUCAAGGUCCCAAGUGCACCCAAACCACCGUAAUGCGAAUAAAAAGGUUUUGGGUCAUAUACUAGCAGGCAGUUUAAAGGAUUAUAGGAGAGUAUACCGUGGUAAAGAAAUCAUGGAAGAUGUGAACCAACGGUUCAAUAUUAGCUUCUCCUACCACCAAGCAUGGCGAGCAAAGAUGUAUGCCUUGCAACUGUUGAGGGGGACCCCGGAAUCGUCGUUUAACCUACCUUCGGCUUAUUGUCACAAUCUGAAGCUAGCAAACCCGGAGACUGUGACAGAGAUCGCUCUUGAUCCACUUGGAAGAUUCGACAUGUUGUUUGUCGCACUCGGUUGUUCGAUUCGAUCGUGUCUAGGACACAUGAGACCGCUUCUUAUAAUGGACGGUGCCCAUCUGAAGGGGUCGUACGUUGUCACCAUGUUCUUAGCGGUCGGUAUUGAUGGAAACAAUGGUAUCGUACCCAUUGCAAUGGGAGUAGGGAAGACAGAAAGUGGCCCGUCAUGGACGUGGUUUUUAUGUAAGCUUAGGCAGUGUAUCGGUGAUGUGCCCAAUUUAACCUUCAUCACCGAUAGGGCUGCCUCUAUCAACCUGGCCAUACGAACUGUAUUUCCUUCUGCGCACCACGGACUUUGUUGUCGGUAUCUGAGCCAGAACUUCCGCCUAAACUCCACUAAAGAGAAAAGGAAACGGUGGAUGUUCUGGGAGGCAUGCAAAGCUAACCGGUUGUCGGACUUUGAAGCUACUAUGGAUUUGAUGCAGCACAAUCUACCUAGAGCCGCUCAAUAUCUUGAGGAAGUUGGCUAUGCUAGAUGGGCACGAUCGCACUUCCCUGGAUUGCGUUACAAUGCAAUGACGUCCAAUAGUGCCGAGUCCAUCAACUCAGUAACACGGUUUGCAUGCUAUCUUCCGAUAACAAUGUUAGUUGAAUUUUAUCGGGCGACAUUGCAACAAUGGUAUUUCAUAUGUCGGCAUAACGGAGCGCAAAUGAUGAAUGCAAUGACUCCUUGGGCGGAGGCCAAAUUAGAGAAGAGAAUACAUAGGAGCGCAAAUUGGAAGGUAUAUCCCAUCAGUGAUUUGUUGUUUGAAGUUGACGACCGCUAUAAGAAAGGAACAUAUAUUCAAGACUGCGGUCAAUUCUGUUCUGUUCGGUUCAAUUCCGACUUUUACCGUGCAACAUACGAGGAGGAAGUCAUUCCCCUUCCACCAGAAGUUGAAUAUGUGUUGCCCAACGAACGUUUGACCGUCCUACCGCCUCCCUUGGACAUACAAAACUCAGGCAGGCCAUGCAACCGUGAUCGUAUACCGUCACGGGACGAGGAACCAAUAGUGAAAACUUGCAGUCGAUGCGGCCAGAGUGGACAUUUUCGAUAUAACUGUCCGAGUCCUAUGCCAGCUCCUAGGCCGACGCACGGAAGUUCAAGUAGUCGUCGAAGAUCAAUUAGUCGUCCAAGCAAUUGUGGUUCAUCUGAACCUGAUACUACACAAGACUACGUAUUUGAUACUUACGAUUUAAGUAAGUAG